GGCAUAUUUGCCAUGACACUGUAAAAAUCGCAAUCCGGGCAGAGUCAGCUUCGUUUCCUGUAGUUUUUAAGACAGAUAUUAGAGCCGGUAGAUUCAUAUCCGUGAAAAUCUGGUAUUGAACUCCCAAUUGUCGGUAUCGGCGCAUUUGCACAUUUGUUGAAGCUAAUUGGCUUAAGUUUUGGAUUUAACGCAUACGACAGAAUGGCGGACAGUGCCGGAGAAUGGUGUCUCAUUGAGAGCGAUCCCGGAGUUUUUACGGAACUUAUUCGCGGAUUUGGUGUUGAAGGCGUGCAGGUCGAGGAACUUUGGAGCUUGGAUGAGGAACAGUUCAAGAACCUAGCUCCGAUUCACGGUUUAAUAUUCCUUUUCAAAUGGGUUAAGGAUGACGAACCGGCCGGAUCAAUUGUGCAGGAUAGCCGACUGGAAAAAAUUUUCUUUGCCAAACAGGUGAUCAACAAUGCUUGUGCGACUCAGGCCAUUUUGAGCAUUUUAUUGAACAGUGGUCAUGCUGACAUUCAGUUGGGGUCCACGUUGCGAGAUUUUAAGGAAUUCUGCCUUUCCUUCGACGCUUACAACAAAGGUCUGGCCAUGAGUAAUGCAUCUCAGAUACGGACAGUUCACAAUUCAUUUGCUCGCCAGACACUGUUUGAGCUGGACAACAAACAUGCCAAUAAAGAUGAGGAUGUCUUCCACUUCGUAGGGUAUGUUCCGGUUGAUGGUCGUCUGUAUGAACUGGAUGGUCUGAAGGAAGGGCCUAUUGAUUUGGGAGCAGUGGGUGCUGGAGAUGAUUGGCUUAAUGUUGUACGUCCGAUUAUUGAAAAGCGCAUUCAGAAAUACAGUGAAGGAGAAAUACAUUUCAAUUUGAUGGCUUUGGUCUCUGACCGGCAAAUGAUCUAUCAACGCCAAGUAGAUCAACUCUUGAAAUCGGGGGAUGACGAAAUGGAAACUGAUACAAAACAGAAUGAAAUCACUCGUUUGCGGAUGUUAAUCGAAGAUGAAGUGUCAAAACGAAAGCGCUAUAAGGUUGAAAAUAUUCGUCGCAAGCAUAACUAUCUACCGUUGAUAGUAGAGUUGCUUAAGAUUUUGGCACAGAAUGGCCAGUUAAUGCCUCUCUAUGAGAAGGCCAAACAGCGAGCUACGGAGCGAGAAACCGUAAAAUCAGUGUCUCAAAAAUAGCAGAUUCUGUUUUUUAAAUUGUUUUCUUCAGAACUGCAUUAACACAACCUAUUUUCUUAUAAGCUCCUGUUCUUAUGGUGGAAUAAACGUAAUUUGAUU